CAUUUCAGUGCCAACCACAAACCCCGGACCGGAAGCAAUCCUCGCAGGCUUGAUUCCACCACCCUUACCAGGGCCCUAGCUCGCGCGUUCGGUCAGGUGCACGCUGCAAAACCGCACAUGCAGUGAAGGGUAGCGAUAACGGCUAUUCAGGUCACCUUAAAAAUUUGCGAGGCAGAACGUAACGAAAUCAAAAGUGCAUUUUGUGAACGGACCGCGACGGCGUGGUGAGUGGCUCGAAGCGGAAACAUAAACCAUUUAGCUAAUCGGCAUAGGCUGAGCGUAGCUGCAGGAAGCUGCAGCCAUUGCUUGGAAGCCAUUGCGGAGUGUUGCUUGGCGACCAAAGGGUUCUUCGAGCCGGUGACCCUUGCGAGAGUGUAAUCGAAGGAGGCGCACGACACGAUGGCGACGCUAAUGGAGGGAAUAAUUAUAACGAUGAUGAAUGUCUUCCUCAAUAGCCUCACACUGCAGGUGCUGGUGGCGCUUGUCGUCGGUAGCUUGCUAUCAAGCACGUUCAAGUACCACGCAAAACUGUUUAUCAUCGUUCUGAUGUCGUUCCUGGUGCUGGUUGUCCCGAUACCGCUGUUUCUCUUCAAACCACGCUGGCCUCUAAACGCCCUCAUUCCGGGCAUUGUGGCAUGUGCAUUUAUCAGAGUAUUUGGCGUGGAAUACGAAAUCCGCGGGCAGGAGAACAUUAACGUACGUAACGGUGGCGUCGUGUUGCUCAACCAUCAAAGUGCAAUUGAUAUAGUGAUGCUGUCGCGAUUGCUUCGAGAGUUUCGUAACAUAGUGCCGGUGGUAAAGAAGGAACUGUUCUACGCGCUCCCGUUCGGUAUCGCGUCCUAUCUCGUGGGAGUAGUGUUUAUCGAUCGCAAGAACACCGCUUCUGCGAAGGACGUCAUGAAGCGAGAAGCCGUGGCCAUUACCAAAGACCAUCUCAAACUCGCCAUUUUCCCCGAGGGAACUCGACAUGACAACGAUACGCUUCUGCCGUUCAAGAAGGGUUCGUUCCACGUGGCAGUCGAUUCGCAGUCCAUCAUUCAGCCGGUGGUGGUAUCGAAGUACCACUUUUUGGACCACAAGCAAAAACGUUUCGGCCGGGGGCGAGUCAUCAUCAAUAUCCUGCCCGAGAUCCCGACAAAGGGCAUGACGAAAGCGGACGUGAACGGGCUUACUGAGCGGUGCCAGAAGCUGAUGCAAUCGGAAUUCGAUGUCCUCAGUGCAGAAGCGAAGCAGUACUAUGCACAGUGGAUGACCACGUCGAACGGUGAGCUGCUCGGUUUGGCCUUCAUGGCGUUCUUCAUCAUUACGCUGUCGUCGACGGCGCGGUAUUACUUCAAAUUCUUCUGCUUCAUCGCUUUUUCGGUGGUGUGCGCCGUGGGUCCAGUUCCACUAAUGCUGCUCCGGCCCCGGGACUACCGGAACGCGCUUAUUCCAGCGUACUUAUGCAUAGGUUUCGGGAAGAUGCUCGGUGCAUCGUUUACGGUGCGUGGUAAGGAACAUAUUCAACGGAACCACGGUGGAGUCGUGCUAAUGAACCAUCAAAGCGCCCUAGACCUAAUCGUCCUGGCUGAGCUUUGGCCCAUUAUGGGAAGGUCAACCGUAGUGGCCAAGAAGGAGGUCCUGUACAUGUUCCCGUUCGGAGUAGCCUGUUGGCUGUGGGGCACUCUGUUCAUCGAUCGCCAGAACCGUGAUUCAGCAAAGUGCGCCAUCAACAAGGAAGCGAAAGCCAUCAAUGAGAAACAGGCUAAGCUGCUCUUCUUUCCCGAGGGCACACGAGGAAACGGCGACAAGCUGCUGCCCUUUAAGAAGGGAUCAUUCCACGUAGCCGUCGAAUCGCAGGCCUUCAUUCAACCAGUGGUCAUAUCAAAGUAUCAUUUCCUUAAAUCGAAGGCUAAAAUUUUCAACCGAGGACAAAAUAUCAUCAAAAUUCUUCCUGAAGUUUCGUGUGCCGGGUUGACCAAGGACGACAUUCCAUUACUGAUGGAAAGGGUACAGAAGAUGAUGCAAAGGGAGUAUGAGCUGCUGUCCGAGGAGUCACUAGCGAUCAAUAAUAUUAGUGAGGUGCAUUAG